AUGCAGCGCACCUUGCAACUUGCUGCAGCCACCCCGCCUGCGGGGCCCAAACCGGUGGAGCCGGCUUCAAAGUCGCUGCGAUGGACAAGAACCGAUGUAACGCACGCUUGGGAAGACUGCAUUGUGCAGUUUUCGUCGCCUGUAUACCUGGUUGAGGAGGAUGAUGGUGAGGUUGUGCUGGACAUCGUGCGAGUAGGGCCCACCGAUGGAGCCUGCCAAGUCAGCUACUCUACGCGAGACUGCUCCGCCAAAGCAGAUUCUUCCUUCAAGGCCACCGCCGGCACGGUUUACUACGAACCUGGUGAGUUCAGCAAGUCAAUUGCUGUGCCGCUGAUCAGCAACACACGUUGGGAUACCCAUGUGGAAUUUGCCGUGGAGCUGCUGGAAGAUGGUUUGGUGGGUGGCGUGCUGGGGCAUUACCUACACGAAACAAGGGUGAAGAUCAUUGACGAUGACACGUUCCCCUCCAUCCGAUUCAAGGACCAGGUCCUAGCACAGGACUUCGACUCCAUCCCAAGACUGGGCCUGCUUUGGGAGUACAUCUCUCGCAACCUGGGAGAGCCUUUGGUCCAAGUGGGCACUAUCAAGAUGCUGUUGCUUGCCGUGCUCGACAGAUGCUUGGACCUAUAG